GCGGCCGCGCGGGGCGGGGAGAGGUCGCUCGGUGACCCCAGCAGCCCGCACUCGGCCACAAGCUCCCGCUGCAGCAUGUUGCGCGCUGCCGCUCUCGUGGCCACUGGCCUUCGACUCCGUCUGGGCCGCCGUCUGCUGUCCGCCGCCGCCACGCAGGCCGUGCCGGCCCCCAACCAGCAGCCUGAGGUCUUCUACAACCAGAUCUUCAUAAACAAUGAGUGGCAUGAUGCUGUCAGCAAGAAAACAUUCCCCACUAUCAACCCAUCCACCGGGGAUGUCAUCUGUCAGGUGGCUGAAGGGGAUAAGGAAGAUGUGGACAAGGCAGUGAAGGCCGCCCAGGCUGCAUUCCGGUUGGGCUCACCGUGGCGGCGCAUGGAUGCAUCUGAGAGGGGCCGGCUGCUGAACCGCCUGGCUGACCUUAUUGAGCGGGACCGGACCUACCUUGCAGCCUUGGAAACUCUGGACAAUGGCAAACCUUAUGUCAUCUCCUACCUGGUGGAUUUGGACAUGGUCGUCAAAUGUCUCCGGUAUUAUGCUGGCUGGGCUGAUAAAUACCAUGGGAAAACCAUUCCCAUCGAUGGAGACUUCUUCAGUUACACCCGCCAUGAGCCUGUGGGGGUGUGUGGGCAGAUAAUUCCGUGGAACUUCCCGCUGCUGAUGCAAGCAUGGAAACUGGGCCCAGCAUUGGCAACUGGAAACGUGGUAGUGAUGAAGAUGGCCGAGCAGACUCCACUUACUGCCCUCUAUGUGGCCAACUUGAUUAAGGAGGCUGGCUUUCCCCCAGGCGUGGUCAAUAUCAUCCCUGGAUUUGGCCCCACAGCUGGUGCUGCCAUCGCCUCUCACAUGGAUGUGGACAAAGUGGCCUUCACAGGCUCCACUGAGGUUGGCAGCCUAAUCCAGGUUGCUGCAGGGAGCAGUAACCUUAAGAGAGUUACUCUGGAGCUGGGAGGGAAGAGCCCCAACAUCAUCAUGUCGGAUGCUGACAUGGACUGGGCUGUGGAGCAGGCCCACUUCGCCUUGUUCUUCAACCAGGGCCAGUGCUGCUGUGCUGGCUCCCGCACCUUUGUGCAGGAGGAUGUUUACAACGAGUUUGUAGAGCGGAGUGUUGCCCGGGCCAAGUCUCGGGUGGUUGGGAACCCCUUUGACAGCCAGACUGAACAGGGGCCACAGGUGGAUGAGACUCAGUUUAACAAGGUCCUUGGCUAUAUCAAAUCUGGGAAGGAGGAGGGGGCAAAACUGUUGUGUGGGGGAGGAGCUGCUGCAGACCGAGGCUACUUCAUCCAGCCCACUGUUUUUGGAGACGUGAAAGAUGGCAUGACCAUUGCAAAGGAGGAGAUCUUUGGGCCAGUGAUGCAGAUACUGAAGUUCAAAACCAUAGAGGAAGUUGUUGAGAGAGCCAACAACUCCAAGUAUGGGCUAGCUGCCGCUGUCUUCACAAAGGAUUUGGACAAGGCCAAUUAUCUGUCCCAGGCCCUCCAGGCUGGAACUGUGUGGGUCAACUGCUAUGAUGUUUUUGGGGCCCAGUCACCAUUUGGUGGCUACAAGAUGUCUGGGAACUGCCGGGAGCUUGGAGAGUAUGGUCUGCAAGCCUAUACAGAAGUAAAAACUGUCACGGUCAAAGUUCCUCAGAAGAACUCGUAAAGAACCAGGCCUGCCACUCUGAAUAGUGACAAAGUUCAACCAGUGACAAAGUUUAGUGAGAUUCAUAGCAAAAACAAGAGAAGUGGCCCCUGCAUACUUCAAUUCUCAGAAGAGAAAAUCUCUCACAAAAUAAUGGAUCAAGAAAGUACCAGAUUCUGAAUUCAUAGGGUGGGUGUGGGUGAAGAGUAUAAGUAAAGCCGUUCACAUUGCAGCUGUACUAGUAGUUUUCAGAGGUGUUUUUUUCUUUUUUUUUUUUUCAAAUACUGGUUAAAAUGUCUCAUCCAUCUGAUACACUUCUGUAAGUUGCCUUUACCGGAGAAGAAAAAGCCAUUGUUUAAAAUUGUACUAACACUGAGGCAACAGCUAAUGUCUUACUUUGUAUUUGAGGCUAAAACUCAAUAAAAAUAAUUCUGCCCUUUG